GUCAGUAGUGUGUUGGUAGCGAUGUGACAGCUGGACUCUCCCCGCUUCUCAUCUGCUACAAUGGACUCCAGAACCAGCGUGCACUGAAUCUACACAGCAGAGGUCACAAUGGUCCCGGUUCUGUUUUUCCUAGCAACCACAACACCACCUGUCACUAACUCCACAAAAGAAGAAGUGCAAUCCCCCAGUCCCCAUAUCCUGCCCGCAGUGUUGGUGGUGUCACUGCUGAUGGUCAUCAUCGCUCUGCUGCUCUGGUACUGCCUCAGGUUAAAAAACCAGCGGAAGGUACCCAUCACUUCAGUGGACAAGAAGAUACCAAAUGGCAUUUUGGAAGAACAAGAGCAACAGACGGUGGUCCUACUUCCGAGAUCACCCUCAGCCUCCAAAACCUACCUCCCCAUUCCUCUAGACACGCUAGAGGAGGAAUACCGCCUCCGUUCCGCUGACGAUGGAAAACUCUUUCGGGAGGAGUACAAUUCAUUACCGGGCGGUUACACCCAGGGAACAUGCGAGGAAGCCAAUAAGGAGGAAAACAAAGAAAAGAACAGAUAUCCUAACAUUCUUCCAUAUGACCAUUCCAGAGUGGUGCUAACACCAAUUGAGGGAACCCCGUGUUCAGACUAUGUUAACGCAUCUUAUAUAGAUGGCUACAAAGAGAAAAACAAAUUCAUCGCAGCACAAGGCCCCAAACAGGACACUGUGGCUGACUUCUGGAGAAUGAUAUGGGAGCAGAAAUCUGCCACGAUUGUCAUGCUGACAAAUCUGAAAGAAAGAAAAGAGGAUAAAUGCUAUCAAUACUGGCCUGACCAGGGAUGCUGGACGUACGGAAACGUGCGGGUUGCAGUUGAAGACUUCACCGCGUUGGUCGACUACACCAUACGUAAAUUCUGUGUGCAAUAUCAAGCCAGUGAUGGCUCUAAGACUCCACGGCUGGUCACUCAGCUUCACUUUACCAGCUGGCCAGACUUUGGCGUUCCCUUCUCCCCCAUUGGCAUGCUCAAAUUCCUCAAGAGGGUCAAACAGGUCAACCCGUCUUAUGCCGGACCCAUCGUGGUCCACUGCAGCGCUGGAGUCGGUCGGACAGGCACCUUCAUUGUCAUCGAUGCGAUGAUUGACAUGAUGCAGGAGGAGCAGAAGAUCGAUGUGUUUGGCUUCGUAUCAAAAAUCCGAGACCAGCGCUCUCAACUUGUUCAGACAGAUAUGCAGUAUUCCUUCAUAUACCAGGCCCUGCUGGAGCACUAUCUGUACGGGGACACCGAGCUGGACGUGUCCUCACUGGAAGGUCAUCUCCAGAAACUUCACAACACCUCCAGCCCUGGGGACAGACUCGGCCUGGAGGAGGAGUUUAAGAAACUGACAAACAUGCGGAUUAUGAAGGAGAAUAUGAGAACAGGCAACUUGCCCGCCAACAUGAAGAAGAAUCGAGUACUGCAGAUUAUACCAUAUGACUUCAACAGAGUGAUUCUGUCAAUGAAAAGAGGACAGGAAUUCACUGAUUACAUCAACGCCUCUUUUAUUGAUGGUUACAGACAGAAGGAUUAUUUCAUUGCCACUCAGGGUCCUUUGACCCACACAGUGGAUGAUUUCUGGAGAAUGGUGUGGGAGUGGAAAUGUCACUCUAUCGUUAUGCUGACUGAACUUCAGGAAAGAGAACAGGAGAAGUGCUUUCAGUACUGGCCUGUGGAGGACGCGGUGACGUAUGGAGACUACACAGUGGAGAUGAAAGGAGACACGCUGUGUGAUACGUUCAGUCUCAGAGAUCUGCUGCUCACCUAUGUACCUGAGAAGCAAUCACGACUGGUCAGGCACUUCCAUUUCCAUGGUUGGCCUGAGAUCGGGAUUCCAGCAGAAGGAAAAGGAAUGAUUGACAUCAUUGCUGCCGUGCAGAAACAGCAGCAACAAUCUGGCAACCACCCCAUUGUAGUGCACUGCAGUGCUGGGGCGGGGAGGACUGGUACGUUUAUAGCUCUCAGUAAUAUUCUGGAGCGUGUGAAGGCAGAGGGGUUACUGGACGUUUUUCAGACUGUGAAGAGUUUGAGAAUGCAGAGGCCACACAUGGUGCAGACAGUGGAGCAGUAUGACUUCUGCUACAGAGUGGUACAAGACUUUGUGGACAUUUUCUCAGACUACGCCAAUUUUAAAUGAUAUCUGC